GUUUGUUUUCUCCGUCUGGAGAUUUAGCAAGAGCAUUGUAAACUGGAUAAUGUCAGCUUUGAGUGUCUUCUGUCUCCAUUCAAAGAGCUAAUUCAGCCUUUUUAAAGGGCGUGGAGAGCCAUAGGAGCAAUAGCAAAGGGGGAAGAGGAAGAGGAUAUGAUUUCACAAACAACUCUUCCAAACUAAGUCUCCGGCUGCACUGUUGUUGUUCUCUGCUCAGACUUUCAGCCUCAAGGGAUGAAUUACACACCUAAUGUCACCCCGGCUCUUUGGUCUCUCUCUCUCUCUCUCUUUCUGUUCUGCACCUCUUGCUCACUCUUUGCAUGUGUCUGUCUUAGUGUCUGACCAAAGAACCAUUUUAUCUUACCUCAUCAGUAACAAUGUCCAUUUAGAACCUCAUCAUGUGUACCUACAAAUACAGUUCAGAUGCAUUAUUAUGGAAAACUGCUGAUGUAAUUUACCUAAUAUGUGUUGCCGGGACCGCACAGUCUAGUUUUAAUACACUGUAUUGUGGCUGACUACAACCUACCAUCCUUGUGAAAGCAGUGGUGAGCAGUGACUAAAGCUUGCCAAUGGUUUGUGUGAAUAAGUUUGUCAGUUAGUGACGGAUGGGCCAACACAAAGAAAAUAUCACAUUACACACUCUCGACAGGGCAAACAAUUCAGUGAGGGGAGGCAUGUACGCAUACAAGUGCGCGCACACACACACACACACACACACACACUUAAAUACACAAACCUACCUAUUUAAAAAAAAUACAGAAAUGUACGUAUAAACAUAGACUGACAAGGAAACAUAAGAUCUGUGAGUAAUGCAUCAAGUGAUGUUUCACUCACAUUAUACAGACACACAGUGCACAUACAUGCACGUCUCUUCGCCCUCUCACUUGCUCUUUGAUUUCAAAGCCAGACAAAUAAUACUCUGUCAACCGAUCGCCUUUUUCCCAUAAUGACCAGUGAGCCAAUAAAACACAAAGUUUGAAUGUGUUUGAAAUGAAACAGUGGAACAAUAUAUGGAACACACGUGUUCCCAGAGAAAGAAAAGGUUAGGGAGAUGGAGAAAGACGUCAAGGUGCCACACUUUAAAGUUGUUGUAUAAUAGUUAUCAUAUAUAUAAAUUAUUUGCACAGCAAUCUGGUAUUACUCGUAUCAACUGCAUUGUCGAUGCUUCGUGAGGACAUUGAGUCACUGAACUACUUAUCUUUAUUGUGUGUCAUGUACUGAAAUGUCACAUUAAUAUGAAAAUAUACUUAACAAAUAUAUCCAGAUAGAGAAGCUUCAAAAUCUUGCUUGAUUACAACAUAAUUUGUGUCAGAAAAGACAUUGCAUGAGACCAUACAUUGUCAGACCUGUUCGUUUUAGCAGCUUUAAUCCAAAGCUGUAUUAGACUUGAAUACAGGCCUGUCUCUCUGUCUCAUUUUCCUGUGUGUGUGUGUGUGUGUGUGUGUGUGUGUGUGUGUGUGUGUGUGUGUGUGUGUGUGUGUGUGUGUGUGUGAAUGCCGCUUUUGCUAACAUAACUCAAUCUACAGCGCACCCUAGUGGACACAGGUAGGUUGGAAAAUCUGCAUCAAUGGCUUAAUGCGUAUCCGGAACCUUCGAAGGGGGAAGACUUUAACUGGGGGACACUAGUGUAAAAAUGGCGGACGUACCCGAUAACGCACCAGAACACUGCCCUGGUACAACAAGUGAGCAAGCAGGGAAGUCCUCAUCAUGUGAGGGCUGUCCCAACCAGAAAGUGUGUGCUUCUGGAGCCACCAAGGCCCCCGACCCUGCCAUAGCAGAGAUAGGAGCCAAGCUGUCGACGGUCAAACACAAGAUCCUCGUGCUGUCUGGGAAAGGAGGAGUAGGCAAGAGUACCUUCAGCGCUCACCUGGCUCACGCUCUGGCGAGUGACAGCACAAAGGAGGUUGCCCUGCUGGAUGUAGAUAUCUGUGGUCCAUCCAUUCCUAGGAUCAUGGGCUUAGAGGGAGAACAGGUUCAUCAGAGUGGCUCAGGCUGGUCUCCUGUGUAUGUGGACGACAACCUGGCGGUCAUGUCUAUUGGUUUCCUGCUCAGUAGCCCUGACGAUGCUGUGAUCUGGAGAGGACCCAAGAAGAAUGGGAUGAUCAAGCAGUUUUUGAGGGAUGUUGACUGGGGUGACCUUGAUUACCUCAUCGUGGACACGCCCCCUGGCACCUCUGAUGAACACCUGUCAAUUGUCCAGUACCUAAGCGCCACCCAUGUCGACGGGGCUGUCAUCAUCACCACACCACAGGAGGUAUCGUUGCAGGACGUACGGAAGGAGAUCCGGUUCUGUCAGAAGGUCAAGCUGCCGAUCAUCGGAGUGGUGGAAAACAUGAGUGGCUUCGUUUGUCCUUCAUGCAAGAACACGUCGCAGAUCUUCCCCCCAACCACUGGGGGCGCAGAGCGAAUGUGUGCUGAUCUGAAUCUACCCCUUUUAGGAAAGGUACCGCUAGACCCAAGGAUAGCACGAAGCUGUGACGAGGGCAAGUCCUUCCUCAAUGAAGUACCUGACUCUCCUUCUGCUGAAGUCUAUCAGAAUAUUGUGCAAAGUAUUAAGGACUACUGUUCCAACCGUGUGACAGAGGAGCAGAGCACCACCUGAACUCACUCAGAAGGCAGCCAUAUUGGACCAGAACACUGAGAGAGGUCACAUGAUGAGUGUGGCAGAAAUUACUGACUGACUGAGAAAGAAACACACAUAGGAAAGCUAUUACCAUUAAUAAUUUCACAACACUCACCAAAAAGCCUGCCAGAAUUAUCUCAACAUCUUCAAUGAUCAUUUAAUUGUGAUAUAAUAUGGACUAGUUCCACGAUGUAAUAAAGUGAAUAUUUAGAAAUAAUUACAGCUCUAUAAUGAUGAAUGGUCUAAGUGUAUGUAUAAGCACUUGGGUCUAAGUUUGCACUGAUAUAACACUUACUUUAGCUGAGAUAAAUACACUUUCUAAUCCCUGAGGGAUAAUUAAUAAAAUUGAUAUAAGGCAAUUGUAAAUGUUUAUCUUAAAAGAUAAAGUUAGCAAUAUUAUUUCUUGUCUACAAAACCCCACAAUGCGUUACGCUGUUUCUCAAUACUCUCGUCAUUACACAGCCUCUGGUUCUAAGUGACAAGCCCACUGGUUCAUACUGAAGAUUUGAAUUUUUAAAAAUCACAAAUGUAUACUUACACCUACAACAGCUGUGUACAGUAGCUUUUACUAAACAUUACUCCAGCAGAAGUAAAUAGCUCAUUUGUCUGAGUAUUUGGGAAAGUUAAAUCUGAGAUCAUGUUAUGAAUCAAGUAGUAGUGCCAAACACCAUUCCCUUCCAAGAGUGUUUUUGUUGCGUUGAGUUGUGUUUGUGGAUCUAUUGGCCGUCACUAUCCCUGGUUACAGUGAAUCAGUAUUAAGUCAAAUGAUGGUACCAUCAGUUGGAUUUAGUCCUCUAAAUACAAAGCACAGGAUCAUCAGCAUAGUAUGAAAAUCCAGCUUCUCAUUUGAUUCUGUUUUCUCAUUGAUUGUAAUCAUUCCACAUUUGAAAUGAGAAGACUGUAUGGAGAUGAAAAUCUUUGAAGCCAUGUAGAUGCAUUGUUUUGUUUUUAGCACGUCUAGUGAAUGUAAAAAUGUGAAUUCAUAAAAAAAAAUACAUAAAAGCUGCAAGCAAAAUGUAUCAUUCGACUCAUGGUGGGUUUUCCUUUUCUUUACUGACCAGAUGUAAUUAUGACCUGAGUAUCUCAGAUAAUCCUGAUCUACAGAAAAUCAGUGACAACAUAAUAUGUAGAGGUUGAUUCCUGAUUGUCAAUUAGUAUGUUCAUUUGAUUAUUCAUAUGUUCUAAACAAUUGUUUUGGAAAUAUAUAUGUACUUGCUGUAACAGAUUUCUAAAAUAAAUGACCAAACCUGAAA